ACAGUAUUUCUUACGCAGGAUGCAUCUUGUGAAGUCUUCGGGCAAGGCUUGAACGGAAGCAGGAAGCACGUGGUAUGAAAGCGCACGGCGCACGUCCUCCCUCGUCUCCCCUUCCACACGCAGGCGAGAAGGAUUUGCGAAAUGCGGCUGCUGUCGCCGAGUUGUGUUUGCUGCGGUUCGCGCUGAUGUUUCCUUGUAGGUUUCCUCGAGCGUAGGUACGAUUCAAAGUGGACCAAAUCUCUACAGUAUUCAGGGCUUCGGUGAAGAUAUCUGCUUCGUUUGGUUCGCUUUAUACAAAAAGAAAGUUACGCUGCGAUUUCCAGGGAAUUGUCUUGAGGCCUGCCAUGUUCCAUACAGGUCUCCUAAUUUUAACCUCAUCGCCUAGGAUCUUGACAACUAAUGUAUCCGCCUAUUUGAAGGCUGCCAAGAACUUUGUAAACAAGACUUUAUACAUAAAGCUCGAGCCCAACCAGCACCACUUGUGGCCUGUCCAGCAGCCCGUUUUCACGCCUUCUGAGUUGUCCCAACUACGAAAGCUUAUACCAGACAUAUAUUUCAAAGCCGCUGGAGUGUGCGCACACCUUGACAUCAGAGUUCUUCAGACGUGCUUCAAGGAUCCUGCUCGUAAGGAGAACCACUUGAAGCCAUCGUUUGAUGUUGUGCUAACAGAUGGAAGCCAUGCCCGUACCGAUUUGGAGCUGUAUGUGGGACACCAGUUUAACAAGAGCUGCUCAAAUUUCCACCGCCUUGACUGCAAGUUGACUGUCAAUGAGACCAACGAAGACAACUUCAAUGGCUUCAGUCAUGGAAGCAAUGGGGUCCAAAACAGCUCCACCUUUCAAACUUUUGAUAGUGUCUGUCUUGGAGGUACCUUCGACCGCCUGCACCUUGGCCACAAGGUGCUCCUUUCAGAGGCAGUGUUGCAUGCGACGGGCAAACUUGUUGUUGGAGUAACGGAUGGCGACAUGUUGAAAGGCAAGUUGCUCUGGGAGCUGAUAGAGCCCGUGGAGGCACGCAUGUGUGCCCUGCUAGACUUUCUGCAUGACAUAGACGCAACACUUCACUAUGAUGUGCAGCCGAUCUACAACCCCUAUGGUCCUACCAUUGAAGACGAUAAUUUGGAAUGCCUGUACGUCAGUGAAGAAACUAUGAAAGGAGGCAGACUGGUCAAUGAGGAACGAGCCAGACGGGGCAUGCCUCCAAUGGUUAUCCGAUCCGUAGGACUAGCUGAAGACGUCUGUCGGUGCAGCGGUGAGGAAUUUAAAGUGAGCUCAUCUUCACUGAGGCGGCGGCAGCUCGGCACAUUGCUUACUCCACCCAAGCCAAGGCCUGAUCUCCCUGACAAACCUUACCUCGUUGGUUUAACUGGGGGCAUCUGCACUGGCAAAAGCCACAUCAUCAAGACACUCGAGUCUUCUGGUGCUGUGGUGAUCAACUGCGACCCACUUGGCCACGAAAGCUACCGACCGGGCACAAAAGCAUAUUCCCGCAUAGUGGAGACCUUCGGUGACAAAGUGGUUAGCGCUGAUGGCACAAUCAACAGAAAAGUUCUUGGCGCCAUCAUUUUUGCAGAUGAGGCGAAACGACAGCAACUGAACAACAUUGUCUGGCCAGAAGUGUCUCAGAUCAUUGAUGAGCGGCUUGAAGAGCAUAGGCGAAAAGGUACCGAAGUGGUGGUCUUGGAGUCUGCACUUCUUUUGGAGGCUGGCUGGGAAAACAAGUUUCAUCAAGUCUGGGUGUGUGUCAUUCCUGUGGAGGAAGCGCUGAAGCGAGUGAUGGCUAGGGAUAACCUGGAGAAAGAUCAAGCAUUGCGUCGGGUCCAAGCACAGAUGUCUAACAAGGAGCGUGUUAACAAGGCUAAUGUCAUAUUCUGCUCUCUUUGGGACUAUGCCACAACAGAACGACAGGUGGCAAGGGCGUGGAAUGAACUGCAGGCGUUCUUAAGCAAGAAGAAGUCAUCGGCUCUAUAAUCAUCGUGUGUACAGAAACAUUUAUGCAGUCUCAUCUCUGGCAUUAAUGUAUGUGUUGUUCGCAGUGGGGUUAGCAAUCGUGUUGGGCAAUCACUGGAUGAACUCUGCGAAGUGGAGACGAUUCUCUAUGGUUCGUGAGGAGAUUCAUGAACCUGUGAUACUGGCACCACAACUGAGGUGAAGUUAAGAGGCACCAGACCUCCGAUAAUUAUAUUUACCAUUCCUGCAUGAUUCAGGAUAUGCAACGUAUAAGCAAUUAAAGUAAAUAUAUACUACACAUAUGUAUUUUUUCCUAAGUAUAUAUAUGCUCAUUUAAUAAGCAUUAUGUACAAAAUGCAAGGAUGUUAAGAACUUUUAGGCAGUGCUGUUGCGUAGCCUACAUGUUCCAGUUUUGUACUUUACGAGACGUUAGUGAACUUUGCUUCUUUUUGUGUGUGUCAAAUACAGUGAGAAUUAUACAGCUUGUGUUGCCAUAGCUGUAGAGUAAGCCGGUGUAAGUCGUGAAAUCAUUCCUCGCUGCAUAGCACCAUUUAUGCAAGAGCAAAGGCUUACCAUUCUGUGCUGUGAUCGGACUUGUGAUGAGAAGGGCUGGUAGAAUUGAAAGCACUGUGCAUGCCGAGGUGCAUGUGGUCUUAGGGUGAAUAUUUCGCAUCUGCAAUGUUUCUUCAUCAUGUUUACAUUACCUGAUUGUACACUAGUUUGGUGCAGUUAGUGCAUCUGUAAGUGGUCACACGUAACCUCACAGGGGAUAUUAUCCACGUCUCAUUUGUCCAGGGGAUAUUAUAAGUGUCUCGUUUGUGACAGUCUUUGCCUGCAUUUAGUACAAGGAUAAGCACAUUUUUCAGGUUUUCUUCCUAACCAGUGUUGCUAUAAUUUUUUUUCUUUUGCAAGGGUUGUGUUAAAACAACCCUUACACAAAGUUGUUUUAACACAACUUUGUUACAAUCCUUAAUUAAAAUGUACACACAAGGUUAACAGUGGUGAGCAUUCAAUUUGUAAUGUGUAUUAACAUGAGUAAAAUAGUGAUCACAAUACUGCAGGUACCACCCAGGCAACUUAAAAAAGCAUAUAUCUUGAGAUGCUGUGUUUGUUAUUGCUGAUAACCAAGUGUAUUCCAAACACCUUUCAUUAAUGGCACAGGGUUCCAGAGAGUAAGGUUGGUGUUAGUGUUCUGUCGAAAGAUAGUUCAUUUCAACAUUAGCGUUGUUAAGCAGGCCACACAAGUCGCUGUUACUGCAUUCUGUUGCAGGUAUCACACUAAAGCAGCAAUAAAAUUACACCAGACUCUACUAGAUAUCUUUUAGUACAGCAAGAAAUUAUUUAAAAACAAUAACGUUUUUCCCGUGAAAAGGAAGCUAAAUUUUCUCAAAUGAUCUAUAAAAUCUGGCAGUCAGCUGACCAAAAUGGCAACACUGUCUUAAGAAACAUGUCCUGGCAGUUUUUACCUUAUGCGAAUACGUAAACUUAGCUUAGUCUCAGUCAUUGUAUCAGCCAUAAUCAUCUUGUGGAUGUCUAUGGUUUACUAUACGGCCAUCUUAGCGUUUUUCUGUGUCUAAAAAGGGCCCUUUAACACAUUCUUUGGCAUGGUCAGAAAGCGCUGCUAAUCGAUAUUUCCUCCUGAGUACACGCGAGCAAAAUAUUAUAGUGCAGCAUGCAAUUUAGAGUAAAUUCUCAAAGUCAGCCAUAAAUCGUUUCCUCUCCUCUUGACAAAUACAUACAUACUGAAUAAUUAGUGCGUUCCGCUGCGGUGGUCUAGUGGCUAAGGUACUCGGCUGCUGACCCGCAGGUCGCGGGAUUGAAUCCCGGCUGUGACGGCUGCAUUUUCGAUGAAGGCGAAAAUGCUGUAGGCCCGUGUGAGAUUUGGGUGCAUGUUAAAGAACCCCAGGUGGUCUAAAUUUCUGGAGCCCUCCACUACGGCGUCUCUCAUAAUCAUAUGGUGGUUUUGGGACGUUAAACUCCACAUAUCGAUCGAUCAAUAAUCAGUGUGUCACAGGCCUAAGUAUUACGCCACUGACUGAUUUGAGCAUAGUGCGCUCAGGAGUUACUGGGGUUGUUGCAGGAGGUUGCGACCUGUCCAUGCGUGUGCGUGCAAUCACACUGAAAAGCCGCUUUGAAAAAAAAAAAAGAGAGAGAGAGAGAGAGAAAAUGCUCCAGGUCAAGAGGCUUGCCUUCUAUUCUAUCCCUCCCUUGUUAGCUUCCAGUGCUUUUGUCGAGACGAGAGAAGAAACAAUGCAAUUGCAGCAUGCGACGAAUCUUUGCAACUUCGCUUGUACCGGACGGAUUCUAAGAAUUUUUGCAGCAAUCACUUCUCGAGGCAAUAAGCUCCUUCAAUGAGUCCACCGCAUGGCUACUUCGAAAAGUGUUGCAGGGCCCUUUUAAGACAUAUUACUGAAAUGCAAGGCAGCUCUGGUUAGCCUUGUGCCAGAAAACCUAAGCAUUUAAUUUCUUUGGUGUACAGAGAGCAUCAAGCAGAGCUGCAACAUGGCACAAGCUAGCAUAUGCCAUUUUACAAUGAAAGAAAAUCAGUGUGAAAUAUACGAGUAUUGGAAAACCUAGCUCUUGGCUACUAGUACUGAAAAUGCUGCAUUUAGUGAUGCUUGGUUUAAACAUCUAAAAUUUACUUGGUGUCAAGUUAGCACUGACAGAAAGAUGCACAUAGGGGCCAGUUCGUCAUCAGUCCCAAACUCAAAUGCUACAAAUCUAAAUAUUUGCAUUACUGAGUUUGAUGUUUAUGACAAAGUAGUAUCUGUAGACGAACCAGUAAGCAGCUAAGGUGAAAGCUACAUAGUACUUGCAGAUAUCAGCAGGUGGAAUGUGUGCAUUAAAGCUUUUGAACUUUGCUGCACUAUGACAGCUGCGCGUUUUCACUGCUUUCGAAGAAUGUGAAAAAUGUGAUUGCAGCACCAAUAUUGAAUAUAGUCACCUCCAACUAUGCAAUUUUUUUGUUACACUAACACCAUAUAUUUGAGGUCCUUUGUUCUGGAAUUUUACGCUGUCGGAAGUUUAAGGGUCAAAUAUUGCUAAUUUUUGUGAAUAAAACUGCGGAGAAUUAUUUCUGUUUUUGUGUGGCAUCUAGAAGUUUAAAAUUUUUAUUGUAGCUUUCUUGUUUCAUAUACAGUUAGCAGUUGUUUUUAAAUGGGAAACGGUGCGGCCAAGUCCUGUUUGUCUCUCUCUGUUUGCUCGCGCUGCUUUUCGUUAUGAAGCCACGCCAACUAGUUAACAGUUGCAUUGGUGGUCUUCAUCUCUUCAGCAUUCAAAUGUGCUUUUUCAACCGCGAAAUCAUUAAAGAAAUGUGGAAUGAAAAAGAGAGCUGCUUGUAUGUUGCGAGGCAAACAAAAAUGACAAAUUGGAACUUGUUUUUUUAUCCCUUUUUUGAUUAGUUCUUUGUAUUAUUUCAACAAAAGUACAAAUAGUUGUGAACAUGCUUUGCAAAAGGUGCUACAUUUUUUCUUACAUGCAUUUGUUGGCAUAUAUUUCGGGCAAUUUGUUCUGGUCAGUUUUUCUGCUUUACAAGUUUUUGUCAUGCAUGUUUGCAAAGUAGUAAAAUUUUACAUUUGCUAUUGUCUUUUUAAAUGAAAAGAUAAACUUCGAGGGCAAUUGGGUUUAGCACAAUUUCAUACACCUUAUUUAGGGUGUGAACAUAGGGAUUUUGCGUAACCUCAAGCAAAGGACCUAGUUGUAAUGUGUGAAAAGCUGUGCUCUUGCAGUGUGUUUGAUUGAUUGCUAAUACACAUGUUUAGCACAAAUAUGGACAACUACUGUGAUGGCCAACUGUUCACAUUUGCCGACACGCUUUUUCGUGCAAUGUUGUUUGUGGCUGUCAGUGCAUGCUACUAUUUUGGGGAGAUCGUAACCUGAAAUAAAGAAGUGUUUUGGGAAUGGGA